GCCUCCCCCGCGCCCGCCCCCCCUCCCCGCUAAUCACCCUCAUUAGGGGCCUCAUCACCAGCCUAAUGAAAGCAAACCGCGUGGAAAUCGCCGGUAAACAGUUGGGUCUGCGCUGUAAUUAAUUCAGUGUCUCUUUUAAUCAAACCGAAAAGAAAUCGGGAAGCAGCUUGCGGAGUCGUGACAUCACCCCCAAAAUCGGCCAGAGCCAAUCAGCGCCACCACUCCGGGGACACGUGGGCGCGUCCCCUUAAAAAAAAACACAACACAAUGGGGGGGGAGGAGAGAGAGAAAUAACAACCAAAAAAAAAAAAAAAACCCGGACUCGAAGUAAAAGUGACACAAGUUCAUUUUUUAGAGGAAGGGGGGAGGCAGGGCGCGCGGCGGACCUGCGGAGCGAGCGCCGGGAGCCCCGGCGCUGUCCACGGUGCUGACCGGACCCGGCGCGGCGCGGACCUGCGGGCAGGUGCCGCGGGAUGGUUCUCCGGCCGCCGCCACUCUCCGCGGUGCUGGUGCCGCCGCCGCCGCCGCCAGGUGCGCUCCGAGCCGCCGGCCGCUAGCCCGGCCUGGGCCCGCCGCUCUCCGCGGUGCUGACCCCGCCGCCCUCGGCCGCCACUUGCCUGGAGGAAGCGCACGUUCGGAUCUUUCAAAGCCGUCCUUUAUUCAGAUUCCGCCAUCCUCGUUUAUCCUCCGUGCCAGAGGCGCCCUCGGGCCGUCCGUCUCCCCCUUCGCGCUCCCCAACUUGGCGCGCCCUCCUCCCUUCCCUCCCCGACACUCCCACCGCCCCCCCCUGGGCUCGGCGGCUCCGCGCGAUGCUGCAGAAGACGACGCGCUGAGCCCUUCUGGAUCUAAUGCGCAGAGGAGCUUGGCCCCGAGCUCCCGGGCUCGCCCAAGGCUGAACUCCGUCCAAGGUGCCCGCAGGCUCCCUGCCCGCCUUCCCCAUGCCAGCCCGCAGCUAGGGGCAGGGGCAGCGGCGGCUGGGGUUGGGGGGUGGGUGGGGAGCUUUUGGGGAGGACAGGUCGCAGCUUGGCGAUGGAAGGCUCCAAUGGCUUUGGGAUCGACUCCAUUCUCUCCCACCGUGCGAGCAGCCCCGCCCUUCCCAAGGGGGACCACUUGCUGGGGGACUGCCGCUCACCCUUGGAGCUGAGUCCGCGCUCCGAGAGCAGCAGCGGCUGCUCUUCACCAGCCUCCCCGGGAAGGGACUGUCUGGAGACAGGCACUCCGCGGCCCAGCGGGGCAUCCGGCCCAGGCUUGGACUCCCAUCUGCAGGCCGGGCAGCUCUCUGCCCCUGCCCAGUCGCGCACCGUCACCUCCUCCUUUCUGAUCAGGGACAUCCUCGCUGACUGCAAACCACUCGCCGCCUGUGCGCCCUAUUCCAGCAGCGGGCAACCAACGGCCCCUGAGCCUGGGGGCCGCCUUGCGGCCAAGGCCGGGGAGGACUUUAGAGACAAGCUGGACAAAAGUGGCAGCAAUGCCUCAUCGGACUCUGAGUAUAAAGUGAAGGAGGAGGGCGACCGUGAGAUCUCCAGCUCCCGGGACAGCCCCCCGGUGCGCCUGAAGAAGCCACGAAAGGCGCGCACAGCCUUCACCGACCAUCAGCUGGCGCAGCUGGAGCGCAGCUUUGAGCGGCAGAAGUACCUGAGCGUGCAGGACCGCAUGGAACUGGCAGCCUCGCUCAACCUCACUGACACGCAGGUCAAGACCUGGUACCAGAACCGCAGGACUAAAUGGAAGCGACAGACUGCCGUCGGGCUGGAGCUACUGGCCGAGGCAGGCAAUUACUCAGCGCUCCAGCGGAUGUUCCCGUCGCCUUAUUUCUACCCCCAGAGUCUGGUCUCCAACCUGGACCCAGGCGCAGCGCUCUACCUGUACCGCGGCCCGAGCGCACCGCCGCCCGCGCUGCAGAGGCCGCUGGUGCCCCGCAUCCUCAUCCACGGACUCCAGGGCGCCGGCGAGCCGCCCCCGCCGCUGCCCCCGCUGGCCGGCGUCCUCCCACGCGCCGCGCAGCCCCGGUGAGGCGCCUGCAGCCCUGCCCAGCGCCCGGGCUCAGCGCCCCCAGGGGCUCGAUGCCAAGUCCACCGGCGCCCCUACGGGAUUGGGCCGCGCCUCUUCUGCCCCACUGCGUCCUUGCCAUCUGCCGGGUGCACAUGCGUCUCCUCCGCGCACCUCCACCCUCCCAGUGCCCGCCGGCCCCCCUAGGCGGUCCUGAGGCUCUGGGACUUGUGGGUGACCUGUGCUUCGCUCCCUCACCCCUUCCUGCUUCAACGGGGGACCUAGCUUCUCCCCACCCCACACGGUGGGAGGCUGGCCCCCUCCUGCUGCCCGUGCCCUCGGUGGCUGAGCUGUACAUAACGUGUGCAAAGUGUAUAUGAAGUUAUUUAUUCGUGACCCCUGAGCCUGUGACCGUGUCCGUGAAUCAGUGAGUCUGUGGCCUGCGCCCUCCCCUCCCCAGGAAGGGCCCAGGGGACCUGCUCACCGACCCUGGCCCCAGUGUCCACCUCUGUCUCAUCCCGGGGACAACCAGGCCUCUUGGGUUCCCUGUCUUUUUUAAAGAUUGAAAUAAACUUCUUACAAAUGAC